CUUAGAUCGGGGUAAGCCCUCGAUCUGCACACAAUCUAAUCAUCGAUCGCGGUGGGCAAGGGUUUGCAGCUGCUCCGGGGCGGAGCCUCUCCUCUCUCUCCAUCUUCUCCUCUUCUCCUCUUCCUCCUCUCUCUCCGCUGUACGAUAGAGCGAUCUCACAAUGGCUGACAUCAACGCCGUCGCGAAGCAGUUUACCGACUUCUACUUCACCACCUUUGACACCAACCGCGGGGGUCUCCAAAGUCUCUACCGCGAUGUCUCCAUGUUGACCUGGGAGGGCACACCCAUUCUCGGCGCGGCUGCUAUCUCGGAGAAGUUGGUCUCCUUGCCCUUCGAAAAGGUCCAGCACAAGAUCACCACCCUCGACGCGCAGCCGUCCUCCCCCGGUGUCGCGAGCAUGAUCGUCAGCGUUACAGGCCUCCUGAUGGUCGACGACAGCCCGAACCCCCUCCAGUUCAGCCAGGUCUUCCAGCUAAUACCCGAUGGCGGAAGCUACUAUGUCUACAAUGACAUCUUCCGUCUGAACUACGGCGCGUAACGGAUCGCGACACUCUAGGCGCGCUCGGGGAGUAGAUACGAAGUUCAAGAAGUCAUCAUUCGGAUGUAGGACGAUUGUGGGAUGCCCAGGAAAGAAGUUGUACCUCAUACCUGUUGUGGUUCUUAAUGCCGUUCGUCGUGGUCUUUCGCGAUCCUUUCCUUCUGCCAUGCCCCUGAAGCGAUGCGGGAUGGCCGGACAUUCGCC